AUGGAGACGCUUGACAACCCUCUCUUUGAUCACCUGCUAGGCUUCCUCACGGCCAAAGAGGCAUGCAGCCUGGCUGUCCAAUCGGUGGCGCUGAGGCAGGCUGUUGACAAGAGUACGCUUUGGAAGACGUGGUGCGAGCGCCUAAACCCUUCUAUCACGACAUCUCCCGCAAAGGAGCUUGUUCAGAAGCAUUAUGGGGUGCGCUCAGACCCGAACAAAAACUCUGCAUACAAGCAGCUCUACAGAAGAUCAAGUGGGAGACGUAGCACAUGUGAUGAGGCGUCUCAGGUUGAGGAAGGAGGCUCAGAUGUUCCAGAUCUCUCCGGCUACGUCAUGCUGAUGGACGUCUAUUGGAAGGGCUUCCUCACGGCCAAAGAAGCGUGCAGCCUGGCUCUUCAAUCGGUGGCGCUGAGGCAAGCUGUGGACGAGAGUACGCUCUGGAAGACAUGGUGCGAGCGCCUAAACCCGUCUAUCACGACAUCUCCAGCAAAGGAGCUUGUUCAGAGGCUCUAUGGGGUGCGCUCAGGCGAGAACAAAAGCUCUGCCUACAAGCAGCUCUACAGAAGACUAAGUGGGAGGCGAGGUGCUUGUGAUAAAGCGUCCAGAAAUGAGGAGGGAGCUUCAAGCUCAGAUGACGUUUCAGAUCUCUCCGGCUACGUCAUGCUGAUGGACAUUUACUGGGAAGGGGAAGGCCGACUGUUUUGUUCAGCUGAGGCCAGCGAGCUGGACAGGAGCUUCCAAGGCUGCCAAGAAGACUGGGAGUUCAACCACUCGGAAAAUCGUGGUUGCAAGGCAGUAGUCAAGCUGCUGCAUGGGCCUGUGGGCAGAACCGUUUGUCAUGAGCUGCUGCGCUUCCUGGAUCGGACAUCAGAAAUCUCAGUGAUUCCUCCAACUAACGGAGAAUUGUUUAAAAUACACGACGACGAUCUUGAAGAGCUAUCCCUGCUGUCCUUUUCUUGGAAGCUUUUCCGCAAGAAAGACGGGAAGGUACUGCGUUUGCUGGAGUGCGAAGCGCCAACUCAGUGGGGCUUCGUGCACCCCGUUGGCGGGAGAUGGUAUCGCCGCCUGCAAGCGUCAGCUGUUGUUGAUGUCCCAGAAGAGCUGAGGGACGACCGCAGCUUUCUGCAAGCGAUGAUAUUGGGCGACACCCGUAGCUGUCAAGCAGUCAUGCGAUUGCGGUGCUACAAGGACGAAGACUUGCGGCAUCAGACCACAGAAAACGCGACUGAGCGAGCAACGUUUAAUUCCUGCAACGAUUUUGCUGUCGAGAUUGGGCUGAUGCCAUGGGGGCUCUUCAGGGAGCUCGUUCUGCGUUUCUAUCGCCUUGAUCCAAACAAGAAUCUGCUUGAAGACGAUGCGUAUGUCGAGCUUGGAAGGGUCCUCAGUCUUCUUCAAGAAGAAGCGAUAGUUGAUAUGUGGGUCUGA